AAACUUUAGUAAUAGUUGAGUGUAUCCCGGCUGUCGCGAGUUUUUUUACCUACUUCUAUUACUGAACAUAACUAAAACUAUCGCGACUACAACGACUUCUCGUUAUUACUUCUACAACCAAUCAUCGAUACUAUUACUACUACUACUGCUACUACGACGACGACGACUACUACUACUACUACUACCACUAAAAUAUUAUAAUAGAUAAAAUAUAAUAAAAUAUAUUAUUGCAUUAUAUUUCCACCAUCGACUACUGUGCACGCGUGUCGCGGAAGAAUAACAUUGGACGAGAAUUGCAUUAAUUUAAUUAACAAUUCCGUUUUCUUUUUCUUUUUUUGCCGGCGAUCGGGGAAAUCGUCAUUGUCGCUAAAUGUCGCAUAUUAUUGUUUUAUCAAAAGUCACGAUAUCACCGCACCGUCUUCUGGGCUCUCGGUCCUUAGAAUCCCAUUGCCAUCCGAAAAACUAACGUAUUUAAUAUACAUUACGGACGAUAGUAUAGUCGUUGUUCCUACUUACGUCGUCGUACUAUCCGUUUGGUGUGCCGAUCGCGAAUACUAUGCUGAUACAGACGUUCGCGAAAGCCACAAUUUACAGCGGUAGUGUUGUCCACUGUCGGCGACGGAAACGCGCGUUUUUCACGUCGUCGUAAAGUCGUCUUACCGCCGUGUAGAGUACGACAUAGUUCGCCUUUGAGUCUGCUCACAGUCUGCCGUCAUCGUGUAUGCGUACCUACCGAUCGUGGCCAGCAGCAACAUAACAUAUCAAAUGGUUUUUCGAUAUCAUGAUACGCAGCCGUGGUGGUGCUGUCGCCGGAGUUGUCGAGUCUACAGUACGUUGCAAUCUGCCACAAAAGCUCGCCACAGCAGUGCCACUGGCACCAGCACAAUUAAUAACAUCAAACCGCUGUCGUCGCCCUUAUAAUAGUUGUGGUGGCAAUAACCAUGACACGAGAUUCGGCGGCGGUCGCCGCUUUAGACGACCGCCGCCGCCGCUGCCCUAUAUCGGCGGCAUCCAACGUAGUGGACGAUGCCUCAACACUGAUGACAAACAGUACCACUACGAGCGGAUCAAGUAGCAAUGAUGACGUAGGUGGAGGAGAUGAAGGUGGUAGCCUCAAAUCAUCGUCUGAAGUGUCAACGACUACUAGUUGUUGUGGUGGUAGCAGCAGUAGCAGCAGGAGUGGUAGUGAUGAUGACGAUUCUGCCACUGUUACCAGGUUGUCUACAGCAAUUGAUGACAGUUGUACUACAACCAUCAAAACUCCAACAAUACCACCGUCAUUACCUAAACAAAUGGAAGAUGAUAAUAAUGGUGAUAAAGAUUCUUCUAGCAGUAGUCAUAAUGAUGAAGCAGCCGUGUCCACUACUCCAACAAGUAUUGGAGGACGUCUCACGUUUUAUAAAGAUGGCAAAUUUAUAUUCCAACUAGCAGCCCAUCAUCAACAAAAUCCAUAUAACAAUCCAUCUGCUUUAACAUCCCCAUGCCGUUGGGUACCAGUUCCGACAGUAAUACAGCAACACAAAAAUAAUGUCAAGUGUAUAGGUGAGUGGUCACAAUAUCAGCAAAAUAAGACCAUAUGGCCUUACUUGGUUACUAAUACUGCCUCUGACAGUAAGUCACCUCAACCGGUACAGCAAUCACAACCACCAACGGUAAGAAUUGGUGAGCGUAAGCAACAUCAAUUUCAACACAGGACGACGCCCCCGCCACUUUCUCUCAUUACUAAUGCUGUUAAUACAGCUACACAUGCUGGUGGAAUUGUAGUUGCUACAACGACAAAUAUUGUGCGAAGACCUUCCAGAAAAUGUUCAACUACUGUAGCAGUAGAAAAUGUUACCGAUUUUCAACAUCAACACUGUCAACCACCUACACAAUUACGAGGUUUGCCGAGACGUUCACAGCAACACCAACAUCAAGCGUUUAUGAUGAUGGCCACCGAUACAAUAAAAGUUCAGAGGCGUUUAUUGUCAUUACCAAAAAAGGAACGUCUCUGGUGUCAAAGAAAGAGAAAAUCGAUGACUAAAAACUCCAUUUUACAAGAACUUAAGCCCCCAAAAAUAAAUUUAGAAUGCGUUGUACGGAACUUGUGGUGUAGGAGACAUACAACAGAAUUAUUGUUACGUAGGCAACUCUCGAUCAACAAUAAUGGAGACACUAUGACUGCUGCUAUUUCUGCUGUCGUCGAUAUUAUUCCUCCUAUCGUUUCUCGUCACAUCACCGUUUCUUCGGCAAGCGUUGUCGAUUCCACGUGUUCUAAUACGGGAGGAGGUAGUAAGCGGCGCUCUAUGGUUUCUCCAUCACCCACCACCGCUACCCCAAUUCCCGUCACUGCCACUACAAUAACCCUUAGUAAUAAGAGUGGCAAUAGUAGCCCUCACAAAAAAUAUAAACUAGGAAACCAUCAUCCGCCGGAACAGAUACUAUUACCGCAGCAACGGUUAGUAGUUGAUAAAAAUGUGAAAAAAACUAUUCCACAACCUCCGAUGCAAACCAUGUCAACCAACGAUCACAGCAUAACUGCUAUAUUGUCUGGUGGUGCGACGGGAGCGAAACGCUCUAAUGGUAGUGGUGCUCUUUCAAUGGUAAUAGAUCCAGAAAAUUGUGUCAUUACCACGCCUACUUCUACUAGUACAAUAUUGUCACCACAUAAAAACCUUAAUACGCCAUCACCUGCACCACUAUCAUUAUUGCGUACAUUGCUCAAGAGUCCCAGUAGUGAAAGUGGUUCGCCACCCAUUGCUGCUAAUAUAAAUGGUGUUGGAUACAGGCAUCAUACGAAUGGCAGCAGAAAAAGGCCAUCAGCCGAAUCAACAGUUGUUUCAUCAUUACCGCCUAUUAAUGCAGCUGCCGUUAAAGUUGAUAAUGGCCUAGGAACGUCGGCAAUGGCAAUACCAUCAGUUUGUGCUAAUUCAGCUGAUAAUGCUUCUGCCGUUCUAACUGCUCUUCAUCAACUUCCUACUAUUCACCACCCGGCUGCUGGACAAUUAGCCGCGGCUGGCUACUUUAAUGUGUUAUACCAUCAAGCCGCAAUGGCUGCUGCUAUGGCAUAUCAAACCCACGCACAACUGCCUCAAACGUUGCCUAAAUCGCAACCAUCGCCUUUAUUGUCUUCACAAUUUCCCACGACCGGUGGUGCCAAUAGUACUUGGCAACGUCAAUUGAACCGGCAACCGCCUCUUUUACAUCCAUCAGAAGCAAUUGUCGGAAGCGGAGUUACUAACGCCACCAUCUCUUCAUCUGCAUCAACGGUCGUGGCACCUUAUUCUUCACCUUUAAUAACUGCCACGGUUAAUGGCAGUAGUUUGUUGCCACCUGCUACUCCAUCACCGCCUCCUUCUUUAAUGUUACAUCCGCAUCCUGUUCACUCUCGUAAUUUAUUGUUGCACCAUCAGCAACAGUAUCAACCAGCGCCCACGGUACAACAACAACUAUCAUCGUUCCAUCGACAACAGGGUAGUAGCGUCAAAAAAAGAACUGGAGUGAUAGGCGCUACCGAGUACGGCGGUUGUAUAGAAGAAAAUAACUCUGGAGUUGUAGCUACCCUAGAUGAAGAGUCCUCUUCCGCCGAUUGUAUGCCGCUCAACCUAUCCAAGGAUUCUAUAGCUGAAAACGUCAGUGGUACUAGUCCAACAGCAAGAGUCAGGUGACAUUCGAGCGAAAAUUACUACAAUAGACUAGCUAAUAGCAUUAGACUGUUUGGCCGUUU